UUUGGUUAAGAUAGCAGAAGUACGGCAAAUUACAGAUGCCAAAAUGUUAUUUAACUCUAUUUCAAACUUUUAUCAACUUUAAUUUACUUUUAGAAAACACCUCCUAUUCCACUUCAUUUCACUCUCUUAUUGGCUCAACAAUUAAUUUAGUCAAAUACAUCAAGCAAGAGUAUAGAGAGAGUGGAGUAAUUCUUCUUCAAAUAUUCUUUUGACCAUGGAUUAGGGCUCCUCGUCUUCAAAUUUCUCGCACUGCAACUAUCAAAUUCCGCUAAUCUCCAUCGCCAUGGAUUCGAAGCUCUCGCUGCUGUUCUCUUUACUCUGCUUAAUUGCUCGCCUCCGCCUCUCUUUCUCAGCUUCAGGAGAGACAAAGUCAUUUGAAUCAGUUCCUGAUCUUGAAAAGUCCAUGUACACGGAAAUUGAGGGCUUCCCAUGUGUACGACUGCUCAACCUUUCAGGGGAAAUUGGCUGUUCAAAUCCUGGCCGUGGGAAUGUUGUUGCUCCAAUUGUUAGAUUUAAGAACGCAAAGGAAUUGAUUGGAUCAGCUACAAUCUUGGUAUCUGUAGAUGAAUUUGAAAGCUUACUUUCAAGAGUAUCAAAAGAUUCAGAGUUUGCUGAAAAAGUGGUUGGGAUAUUGGUUGAAUCAGGAACUCAGGUUCAAAAUGGUUUAAGUGGAUUUUCUCCUGAUGUAAAGUUUCCGCAGGCAGCAUUUGCUCCAUAUCAAAGCAACAAUUUCGAGUGGAACCCAGCUGGAUCUGGAAUCAUGUGGAAGCCUUAUAAUUUUCCCGUGUUUUUGCUUUCUCAGACUAGCACAUCAAUCUUGCAAGAGGUUGCUUUAAGAAAUGAGGAGAGCAAGUCAUCUUACCCUAAAGUAGUUUCCGAGUUUGAUCUAGUUAUGCAGACUACAAAAUCUGGUACUCGUGAUUCGAAUUCUUGUUUGAAAGAAGGAACUUGUCUUCCCCUGGGUGGAUACAGUGUCUGGUCAGCACUUCCACCAAUUAAUAUUUCAUCUCCAGUUAAGGCGAAACCAAUUGUGCUGACAAUGACAUCUAUGGACUCUGCAUCUUUUUUCCGUGAUAAAAACCUUGGUGCAGAGACCCCUAUAUCUGGGUUGAUUGCAUUGCUUGCUGUAGUUGAUGCUCUUUCGCAUUUUGAUGGAUUGAAAGAUCUUAAUAAACAGCUUGUUUUUGUGGUUUUCACUGGAGAAGCCUGGGGCUAUCUUGGUAGCCGGAGAUUUUUUCUAGAAUCUGAACAACAAUCAGACACCAUUAAAGGCCUCGAUUUGGCAAUGAUCGAAACGGUAAUGGAAAUUGGAUCAGUUGGAAAGAGCUUUCCUGAGAGCAGCAAAACAUUCUUUGCUCAUACUGCAGGGGCUAAAUCCUCUUUGAACGGAACAUUGAAUGCACUACAAAGUGCACAAGAGUCGUUGAAAACUGAAAGCAUUAUAGUCAAAACCGCCAGCACAUCAAAUCCUGGGGUGCCCCCAUCUUCGUUAAUGACGUUUCUGAGAAAGAAACCACAAAUUUCUGGACUUGUUUUGGAAGACUUUGAUUCUGCUUUUAGCAACGAGUUCUACCACAGCCAUCUCGAUGACCUAUCAAAUAUAAACUCCACAUCCAUUGUAGCGGCAGCUUCCCUUGUUGCUCGAUCUCUAUACAUCCUCGCUGGCGGCAAAGACCCGUCCGCUAUAAGUAGUAUAAAAAUCAACGCCUCGUUAGUGGACGAACUUCUUGGUUGCCUAUUAAAUUGUGAACCCGGUUUAUCAUGUGGGCUAGUAAAGCGCUACAUUUCUCCCUCGACGACUUGCCCAAACCAUUAUGUAGGCGUCAUUUUGGGAGAACCAUCUUCCGAGCCUUAUCCUGCUUAUGCUGGGGAUAUUUCAAGAUUCGUGUGGAACUUUCUUGCCGAUAAAACAUCAAUCCCGUCGAAAAAUGUGAGCUCCUCUUGCCCUAAAGAUUGCAAAGGCGACGGUGAAUUGUGCAUUAGAGAAGAAGCUGACGGGAAAGGUGUCUGUGUUGUCUCGACGACUAGGUUUGUUCCUGCAUAUUCAACUCGUUUGAAGUAUGAAUCGGAGAGCUGGACCGUUUUACCCCUCAAUUCCACGGAUAUUAUGGGUGUGGAGGAUCCCGUUUGGACAGAGAGUAAUUGGGACACAAUAAAGGUCAGGGUUUACACAGUCCAAAACACUGCCUUCGACCGCCUAAUUUUGCUGUUGGGUAUUAUUGUCACACUUUUGGCUUAUCUUCUGAUAGUGAUAGCUAGAACUGUCAUUAGAAAGGCCUUGAAACAGGACUGAUGUCCUAAUUCUUUUGCUAGCAUGUUUUUGCUGUCUGAUUUAUGGAAACUCAGCCGUUCUGUACCGAAUUAUUCGAUUAUUUGCCAACGGUAAAUUGACAGUGUAAAGAAAACUAUACAUAUACAGUGUAGCUUUUGGCUCCAAGUGUAUGAGAGUCUUGUACUGUGUGGAUGUAGAGCAUUUUUUGAGCUGCAUCUUUGUUUAUAUAGACUAGUAGUUGUUAGAAAGGAC